AUGGAACAAGUAGAAUGUACAGAUUUUGCUCGAACUGAUAGCAAUACAACAGAUCCGUCGUUGGCGGAAUCCAUUACUCCACGCGUGCGCCGUUCAACAUCGCCUUCAAGUUCUAAUUCUAUGUAUUCACCGCCACACGUCAGCACAUCGAGUUCACCAAUGCUUCAAUUACCAAGAAGCACGGUUAUGCGACGAACUUCAUCAAGUUUGUCGUUUCAAGUCUUUUCAGAUCUAGAGGAAGAAUUAUCCAGAGAGACUAUUGAAUCUUUGGACAAAGAAGAACAACUGAAUGAUCUAUAUUAUCCCUAUCAAAAAGUGCACGAUAAUGAGGACAAUAUUCAUACUCACCAUAGCCACCACCAUGACCAUACACAAAGCAGUCACAGUCACCCAAAUCAUUCUCACAAGUCUAGUAUAAAACCUUUGCCAUCAUUGUCAUAUAUAUUUUCCUCAUUGCCUCCAUCACUAAAGACUUUAUUCACGUGGGGUAUAAUACAUUUAUUAUUGGGUAUUUCAUUAUGGUUGAAAGGUCAAUGGGGAUGUGGAUUAGCUGUUACAGGAUUUUCGUAUCUUGUAAUAUUUGAUGCCUUGGGUGUAUUCACGACAUUUAUUUCGUCUGUUCUGGCAACAUAUAGGACAUUGAAAGUGUCCUCAAUACGGAAUCCUUUCGGCGUUCAACGUUAUGAGAUAUUGUUUGGUUUUACGAGUACCAUAUAUCUUUUAUUCGUUGGAUUAUAUAUGUUGAAGGAAGGUCUGGAACAUUUGAUUCUAGAAACAAGCGAAGAUCAUUUUCAUGGGAAUAGUGCACCAUUACCACUCAUUUGGAUUUUACUUGCUAUUGGAGCAACAUUAAUAUCCGCCAUUUGUUACCGGAACCAUAUAGAAUUUUGUGCAUUACUAAAAUCAAUUUCGUCGAACGGUGGGAUGCAUCAACCUGAUGCCUGGCAGUUAAAUGAUGAAUUUUUUAUGACGAUAACAAAUCCUUUUACCAUAACAACACUAUUUUGUGGUGCUGGAGUGAUAGUGAUAAGCAUCCUCAUGGAACAAAAUCAACAUUUGGGUUGGCUAGACAAUGCAUUGUCCAUUUUGGAGGCAAUUUCGAUGUUUUAUCUCGCUGGUCCAGUUGCAGUUGCAUUGGGAAAAAUUCUAUUGCAAACAACUCCAGAUGCUGCGGUCAGGAGCUUAGAUGAAUAUUUGCGUGAGAUCCAACUUGAUCCAACAAUUUUAGCGUUAACAGCUACACAUUUUUGGCAAAACUCGUAUGGACAAUUAGUUGGUACACUAUGCGUACAUGUUAAUCAAGACGCUAAUGAACAGGCUGUCCUGGCAAAUGUUUAUACAAGAUUAAGUCCAUUCUUCAUAAAUAAUAACGGUGGUGGUGGUGAAUUAACUGUGCAGAUUGUCAAGUAG